ACAAACAUCAACGGUCCGUUCAUCGUGAUGCUAGUUUGAGCAACUAAACAUAGAGGGCGCUGACUUCGUAGAGAGGAUGCCAUCGAUGCCACGAUCGUAGGGCGAAAUAUUUCAACAUGACUCAGCCAUAUUUGCAACUGUUAGCACGAAGACUAACCGAAGAACCACCGAAGGGAAAGGGCAUCGACCGUAGCGCCGAGCGGGAACGAGCGAAAGGGUACUUAAGGAACGACGGCUGAAGAAGCGCCCUUUUCUCGCGUACUAAAGUCCCGGAAGAAAGAGUAUUUUUUUAACCCUUCGUGUAAAUAAAGUGUUAAAAGAACUUUUUUGCGUUUAAUAUUCGCGGACUUUCAAGUUGAGAAAAUUCUGUUGCUCGAGGCAACAUUUUAAAAAAAUACUCGAGUGCAAGUGCCAUUUCAGUGCUUCGUUAGCGUGCCGGAAAGUUCUUGAGGCAAGUCAGAACAUUAAGAACCGUGCAAGUGAAGUUUUGUGAAAUGGCGCCCAACGAUAUUCUAUGCGUAAUCUGCGCCGCGCAAGGCGAAGAAGAUUGCGUACUUUGUGACGAGUGUCGUGAAGCCUAUCAUCCCAAGUGUGUUGGUGCGGACGAUUCGGUUAGAAGUCGCGAGUGGUUCUGUCCGAAAUGUGCCGCAAGAUCCAGCCAGAAGGAGACAGGCUUGCCAACGACGUCAUUCCCCAGCGGUGAUAACCCGGGGAGCUCCACGCCCACGCAUCAGAGGGAUAUGAUGCAGGAAAUCAGCCUGCUUUUCGACCAAAUGAAGGCACGUAUGGAGAAAAGCAGUGAGUCUCCUCAGACCCCGCAGGUCAGAACGCGUUGCUACGCUUGUGAGAAGACGGACGCAGGAAACAAGAUACUGUGCAAUCCUUGUGGUAGAUGGUGCCACAUCUCCUGUCUCUCCGAGGACGAGGCGGCAUCGAUCGCAUCCUGGAAAUGCGCCCUUUGCACCGUCGCUAGGAUGAGGGCAUCCACCAACGUUAUGGAUCGUCUAGUGGAUCGGUUGGAAAGACUGGAGCAGAAAAUGGUGGUUUCAGCCAUGGACCCGCGUCCCUCUUAUGGCAUUCCGCCACCAAGUUCAACCGUCUUUGGACGUUCCGCUGAGACCAGCCAAGAGCUGUCCCAAAGCCAAGCCUCGGCGAGGCAUACAGGUGCGUCCAAGUUGCCACCCUUUUCUGGCAAUCCGGAGGAAUGGGACAUGUUCAUCUCAGCGUAUGAGGAAACCACCCGCCUUUGUGGAUUCACAGACGGCGAGAACAUCAUUCGCCUCCAGCAGGCGUUGAAGGGUCAGGCGCUGAAGGCUGUGCAACUACGCCUUCGUAAGGCCGAAAACCUGGAGGAAGUUCUAGACACCUUACGCAGCAGUUACGGACGACCGGAACUGAUCGUCAAUACUCUGCUGGAUCAAAUAAAAAAUGCACCGGUGCCGCGGAUGGAAAAGUUGGACACCCUUGUGAGCUAUGCCCUGAUGGUAGAGGAGAUCAGUGCGGCAGUGCGGACCGGAGGCUUAGAAAACCGAUACGAUGGUCCAUUGCUAGAGGAACUUGUCGGACGGCUGCCUCCCAUUAUCGCAUUCUUAUGGGGAAUGCAGCGUUUGGGAAAACCUCUAGCCAGCUUAUCCGAUUUUGGAACCUGGAUGAAAAGUGCUAAAGAAGCUGCGCUUAUAGCUUCUCCAGCAGCGGCGAAAACGGACGAUAGACGGAGGGCGAGAAACAUCAACGUGCAUAUCCCGGCUGAGCGGACUGCUCAACAUGAACCAGAUAAAUGUGCAUGUGAUCAUCGAUGCAAUCAAUUGGAGUAUUGCGAGGCCUUCCUGCAGCUGACUCCCAACGACCGAUGGAAGCUUGUAAAGGGUGAACAUCUGUGCAGCAUAUGCUUGAGGCGCCACCGGACCACCUGCCGAAUCACGAGGUCUUGCAACAAGAACGGCUGCACGAAGAGACAUCAUCCUCUGUUACACUCACCACCCUCACCGGAAGGGCAAAACGGUACCAGCAUCAUGUCGUCCACAAAACGCAUUACUAUGCCACGGCGCACGCAGGAGUUUGAAAUAUCGGCUCCACAAUCAUCGGUCAAAAAGUCCCAAGCUCGCGUCAGCCGAAUCGCGCAACCAGUCCGCAAAUCGAGCAAACAGUCUGGGAUUGGCCAGUUUGGCGAAAAUGGGCGAUCGCGCUCGGUAGAGCGCGGACUAAACGCACUGGCCGGGCUGCCCUCCACAGCUGUGAAAAAAUCCCUUAACCCACCCAGAAGCAGCAGCGCGACACCGCAGCUACGCACACCGCACCGAAGCGUGUUCCAUCACGGCGGACUAAAUGCCGAAAACAUUCCCUCCUUCUCCAUCCCCUCGACCGUCGAGCGGGAACGGUGCACCGUGGAAGCGCGCCCCAUAUUCGACUACCUCGCGCAAGCGAACGUGCCGGACCUGCCGAAGGAAUUUAUCGAGCGGGGCAACAUCAAGACGAUGUCGAUGAAGCAGUUUCUCAUCAUAGUGGCGCACCUGCUGCGCCAGAUCGGUGGCCACCGGUACAAGAUUGGCACCAACUUCAUCGAGGACAUUAUCAAAGCCAUCACCGAGCUGCAGUGCCCGUUCACCGUGAGCAAAUCGAUGCUGAAAACGCCGAGCGCCCCGCACUCGAUACAGCAGGUCGUGACGAUGCUGACGUGGCUGAUACAGCUGGCGCCCGUGCCCGUCACCGACUGGGCGCCCAACUAUCAGCACGUGGCCGAGUUUCCCACCCCCGAGUACACCCAGUUUUUCUUCCAAUCGGCCACGGAAAGCUUCCACCUGUGGAAUUUGAAGCGCGAGGAAGAGUUCGAGGCGCAGGUUGAGCGGAUGGUGGACCGGCUGGUGGCGGCCAAAACGGGCGGCCUGUCGCAGGAGCAGGUGCGCCAGCGGACGGAGCAGAUACGCCAGCAGCUGGAAGCGAUCAGCGUCGACCGGUCGAACGGACAGAUGCGCGAACAAAGCUUUGACGAGGUGCAGCGCGAGGUGGUGGAAAAGCAGCGCAUUGUGAAGCAGCUGACGGAAGAGACGAAGCAGCUGGAUCGGCAGUUCGAGCGCCAGCAGCAGGAGUACUAUCUGAGGCAGGACCAGUACUACGAUUGGGAAAGCGCCAUCCAGCGGGUGAAGGAGCAGCUGGCCCGCCAGCAGAUGACGGCCAAGGAAAGGGACGAGCUGCAGGCGGAGAUUGCACACGACCGGAACGUUGUCGCGGCGAAGCGCAACGCCAUCGCCUGCCUCGACGGUGAGUCGUCCGAUUAUCAGAUCACGCUAUCGCGCCUCAUCAAGCAAAAGAUUAACCUUAUCUCCGAGCUGAACACGAAGCUGUACAACUUCUCCAACGCCAUUAAGCCGGACAUUGAGUUUACGCCGAUCGAGCUAAGCCUAACGUGCAGCAACUAUCCCGAGCUGGAGCGGACGCUUCGCGCGCUCGAGCAGCAGCUGACGGCGGUGUUCGCGGAGUACCAAGCGUUGCAGCAGCGGCUUAGCCAGCAGAAAAUGCGCCUCGAGCAACAGGUGUCCGAUGAGCAGCUGACAAUCGAGCCACUUGAAACGAAAAUUGCCAAACAAACGGAACGACUACAGCAGCUGCAGCAGCGGCGAGAAACGGUCGUCCGUGAGCUGGUCGCACUGGGGGAACGUGCCAACGAGCGCGGAACGUUGGAGCAGCGCACGAAAGAGCUCGACCAGCGCAUCGAGCAGGCUAUGGAACAGAUGGCAAGCAAUCGAAAAGCGAUCGUUAAGCUAACGUACGACAAGCAGCAGCUAAUGGAGGACGGGCUGGAACGAUGCCGACAGGCACUGGAGGAACGGCACCAAAAGUUGGCCGAUUUGCGCGAGCAAGUUGAUGGCUGCGAGGCGAUCAUGAAGCAGAUUGUGAACGUCUGUGCGAAGAGCAACGAGGAGGAACCACCGUGCUAGAAGGAGUUGGAUCGAUUGUUGCACAAUUUAUUUUAUUUAUCUCGAUUUUGUUCUCUCUCCCACAGUCUCCAAAAAGUAUAGACUAUUAGAAAUAAUAAAAAAAUAUAUCUUUA